AUGAGAUGGGUAUCAGCCAGAUACAAGUUUGGUUGUCUGGUGUGGGUUUGGCAUAGGUUCGAUCUACUGUUAUUGAUGUAUAAAACCUCAUUACAUUCUAUUGACAAGGGUUACAGCGGAAAUAUAGCCAUGUCUGAGGAGUUAGGAACUGUUUUGAAAACGAUUAGAGAUUCUUUGAAAUCUUGUGGAGAAAGCUUGGAUAAGUUAGAAGAAGUCUAUGAUGAUGAGGAGACCCAUCCUUUCCAAGGUUCAGCGGUGGUAGGUCACAAAGGUGAUAAAUUAGAAAAAGUUUCUCUACUUUCUUUGAAGAAUGGGAGUAUGCUAUCGUAUUUGAAUUCGCUUCUGUUGGUAUUGGGACAGAAAUUGAAUAAAGAGAUGGUUGUUGAUGAGGGUAGAGUCAGGGCAGUGGAACAACGAGUUGUUCUUGAAAGAGGUGUGAAGCCCUUGGAGAAGAAGUUAGGGUACCAGCUGGAUAAAUUGACGCGGGCGUACAUUAGACUGGAGAAAGACGUUGAAGAAUCCAAGAAAAGAGCCGAAUUGCAGGGACUGAGUGACGUACGUGCUUCCCAGGAAGAAGUAUCAGACUCAGAUUCUGAUAGUGAAGAAGAGAUGCAAUAUAGGCCGAACAGUUCAGGAAUGGUCAAUAACACAUCAGUUGGAGGGAAAGCCAAGGGGAAAAUCGCUGUCAAGAGUACUCACAAUGAAGAAGAUGUGGAUGAUAAAGAUAACGUUUAUAGACCACCUAAGAUCAGUGCCGUUCUGCCACCAAAGCAACAUCACUUCGAGGAUAAAUUCAACGCACAAGAACAUAAGGAUAAGAGUAGCAGGUCUCGUAUGCAAGCUAUGGAAGAAUACUUGAAGGAUUCCUCGGAACAACCGGAAUGGGAAACUUCUAUCGGUGCCAAUAUCGUCAACCAUGGUAGAGGUGGUGUGAAGACAGCAAGAGAUACAGAACGUGAACGUGAUGUUCAAAGAUUCGAAGAAGAAAAUUUCACUAGAUUGAACCCCAACGGAUCCAAGACUGACAAGAGAAUGAAAAAACAAAGAGAAAUCAUGGCCAAGGUUAAUAUGAUCGCCGGUGAAGAUUUCAGUAUCUUCAACUCCAAGCGUAAGUUGGAGGAUAGUACAAGCAGAAGAGGUAAUAAGAAAUCUAGAAAUGCUUGGGAAAGAGCCAAGAAGAAGUUGUAA